GAUUGUUAGAACAGUUUGUUUAAAACCUUGUGACCUUUUGGACAUUUUUCGAAUAUUUGGGUAGCGUUUGGAAAAAACGCGACCCGACCAAAUUCCAAAUUUUUUGUGUUGCCUGCAAUCGAAAGACUUGCGAAGAUGAUGUCUAAAUUAUGUGCCAUCCUGGCCCAAACGGCCCAUCGUUCCAGUGAGAGAAGGCACUUGCUGAACCAGGCACUUUUUUUCGCUCAUCAAGCGAGUGGGGUCAAAGUUCGCGGGAAUCACUGCUGCGCCAUGAAGGUGGUUCCCUCGCGCCAGGAGCACCUGAAUGCACUCAAGGGCGAAGAGUUCGACGUCCUGGUCAUCGGCGGAGGAGCCAUUGGCUGCGGCUGUGCCGUGGAUGCGGCCUGUCGCGGUCUUAAGACAGCCUUGAUUGAGGCGGAUGAUUUUGCCAGUGGCUCCAGUUCGCGAUCCAGUAAACUGAUCGAUGGCAGCGGUUCCUACCUGGGCACCGCCCUCCGGGAAAAGGACAUCGAGCAGCUGUACAUCAUGCUGCAGAUGAUGAGCGAGCGAGUGACCAUGCUGAAGAUCGCUCCGCACCUGAACCGCAUCCAGCCGAUGAUCAUUCCCGUCUACAGUAUGCUGGGCAUGCCCUUCACCUGGUUGGGCUUAAAGGUGUACGACUGGAUAUCCGCCACCUCGAAUGUCCGUGGCUCCCACUUCCUCUCAAGGGAGGCCACCCUCUACGAGUUCCCGCUUCUGAAAACGGAAGGUCUGCGCGGCGGAGUAGUCUACUACGAUGGCCAGGUGGACGACGCCCGGAUGUGCCUCGCUUUGGUAAUGACCGCAGUCGCCUUGGGCGCCAAUGUGGGCAACCACAUGGAGGUGGUGGACCUCCUGCCGCAGGAGGGCUGCUGCCGAGUGGUGGGUGUUAAGGACAAGAUCUCCGGCCAAAACUUCUACAUCCAGGCAAAGUCGGUGAUCAAUGCCACGGGCACCAGCACCGAUGCCAUUCGCCAGCUGGACAGGGAGGGCACUGCUCCGAUUUUGGUGCCCACACUGGGCACCCACGUCUCGCUGCCCAAGUACUUUGGCUCCGGCCACUAUGGUCUAUUAAGUCCACCGCUGAAAAAGGACGAUCUCACGAUAGUUAUGGUGCCGUUCGAGAACCACAUGGUGCUGGGCGUUCGCGAGGUGGAGCUGGACGAAGUGUCCGGCAGGGGGAGUCCCAGUCCAGAUCCCGAUGACGUGGACUGUCUGCUGGAGGCCGCCAAGCGCAGGAUGGAGCCCUGCGUGGAGUUGGGUCGCUGCCACGUCCUAAGCGCCUGGACGGGCAUAAAGCCCAGUGUCAGCUGUCCCACUGACAGCGCGGAGGAUGAAGUGGAGGACAAGCGGGGCUCUCCGAUCAGCAGCUACAUGAUCGAGGUGAGUGCGGACAAUCUCAUCACCCUGGCCGGCGGUCGCUGGAGCAGCUAUCGCGUGAUGGCCGCCGAUGCAGUCGACAUGGCAAUCAAAUCUUGUGGACUCUGCGAUGACCAUGUGACCAUGAGCUGGACACAGGACUUAAAGCUGGACGGUGCGGAGUACUGGUGCUGCAUGCUGCCGUUGGAGUUCGUCCAGGACUACGAUGUGCCCAUGGACGUGGCGCAGCAUAUAUCCGACUCCUAUGGAUACAAUGGACACGCUCUAUUCUCGCAGGCCCCCGACAUGAAGAAACGCCUGCAUCCGAACUUCCCUUACAUCGAGGCGGAGGUGCAAUAUGCGGUGCGGAACGAGUACGCCUGCACUCUAGUGGACGUCAUUGCACGACGCCUGCGCAUCGCUUUCGUGGAUGCGGCUGCCACGCUGCACAUGCUGCCCAAGAUCCUCAAGAUCAUGGCCGAGGAGAAGGGCUGGGAGGAGGGGCAGCAGAUUAAGGAAAUGCAGGCUGCCCAGGAGUUCCUGGUGCGCCAAAUGGGCCUCGGCGCGAUCUUUCGUCCCAGAGGCGCUGGGAAGAGCAAGCCAAAGAAGGCCUCCGCCGCUGGAUGUUGCUGCCGGGCGGCUGCUCGCAAGGAGGCCAGGAGCUACUCCAGGGAUCACUCCCCCCUGGCCACCCAGAGAUCGAGCAGAAGAAUCUCAAACUCAUCCUUGACACCGACCUCGGGCUUAACCCAUCACGCUGUGGAGGACAGUCCGGGAUGCUCAGAUCGAUCGGGUAAUAUUCCCACUGUCUGGUCGAACAGGAAACGUGAACUCAUCAUUAAUGUUUGGCGCAACAAGUUCAUGUGCUGACAUGAAUUCUAAAUUUUGUUGAAGUUCGGAUUAGCCACAGUUUAAGCCGCAAAAACUUCGUUCAAAAACAAAGUGGUUCUGUAUGGACUUCUGUGCCAUAAAAUAAAUUUCCAAGUAUUAAAUAAAAACAAAACAUAAA